UGUUAUGUUUGUCUUGAAAAAUAAAACUUAAUUUUUACUAUUAUCCAAACUUUAAUAGCCUGAAUUUUGUGUCACAUUACGUGAAAAGUUACUUUUGAUUUCAAGAGGAAAACCUAUUACACACAAAAGAUCCAAAUAGUGAUUUUAUUGCUUCACCUUGAAGAAAAAUAAUAAAACAAUUGAAAUCAUCUGCAUUUCCUAUGGGUAUCAUGUUUCUCGGGCAAUAGCACUUAGACUUUAGUCGAAAAUGAAUAUUUUAUAAAACAUAAACUUAACAAAGUUUUCUCACUUAUUGGAACAUUGAGGUAUUAUUUCAUAUGGAAUUUAAAUAACUUUCACUCCCAUGUGAUAUUCAGUGGAAAAUGUCCGAAGAAGGACUUGAUUGGUUAGGAAAUAUUUUAUCUGAAGUUCAAUUGAGCCAGUUUUUAGUACCAAUAAGAGAUGAUUUACAAAUAUCAAGGUUGGAACAUUUUGAUUUUGCUACACCUGAAGACUUGGAAAAUAUUGGUCUCAGCAAACCAGGUGCUAGAAGAUUAUUAGAAGCUGUAAAAAAGAAACGUACUCAACAAAAAAAGAGAAAUUUGAUAAACAAAUUUAUUCCAGCCUCUAAUAAAAAUCAUACGAAUAAGAAACAUGAUGAAAUGGUAAUUACUGAUUUUACUUCUUGCCUAAUUCAAGAAAGUCAUAUUACACUCUCAGUUAAACUUGGAGAUGGUAGCUUUGGAGUUGUGAGAAGAGGUGAAUGGAUAAGCCCAACAGGCAAAGCACUACCUGUAGCUGUGAAAAUUUUAAAAGCUGAUGCAUUAAGUCAACCUGGAGUAUUUGAGGAUUUUAUAAAAGAAGUUCAAGCAAUGCACGUACUAAGUCAUGCAAAUCUAAUAAGGCUGUAUGGGGUGGUGCUUUCUCAGCCUAUGAUGAUGGUAACUGAAUUGGCUCCAUUGGGAUCUCUAUUGGAUUUCCUUAGAAAGCAGUGCCAACAUACUCCUCUUCCCAUGCUGUGUGAAUAUUCAACUCAAGUUGCUAAUGGUAUGGCGUAUCUAGAAAGUAAACGAUUUUUACACAGGGAUUUGGCCUGCAGAAAUGUGUUACUUUCAACUGUAGAUAAAAUUAAAAUAGGAGAUUUUGGUUUAAUGCGCGCUCUUCCACAAGAAGAAGAUUGUUAUGUAAUGACAGAGCACAAAAAAGUUCCAUUUCCAUGGUGUGCUCCGGAAUCAUUGAGAUUUAGACAAUUUAGCCAUGCUUCGGAUACAUGGAUGUUUGGAGUAACAGUUUGGGAAAUGUUUACUUUCGGGGAAGAUCCUUGGAUGGGUCUGAUAGGUUCCGAAAUUCUUCGAAAGAUAGAAAAAGAAAACGAACGUCUACCUCAACCAGAUGCAUGUCCUCCUGCUAUCUAUUCAACUCUACUCAAAUGUUGGUCAAAGAAUCCUCACGACCGCCCUACUUUCGCAUCACUUAAGGACUUUUUCCGGAAAAAUAUGACACCAGUGAUGAAAGCAGUUGGAAGGCAAGAUGAACCAGGAAAACUAAAAGUCGAAGAAGGUGAUGAAAUUGCUAUUAUCGAUGGAAGUGCUGAACUCUAUUGGUGGAAAGGUCAGCAUCAGCAAACUUUCGAAAUCGGACUGGUGCCGAGAUGUUUAGUUGAUCCUAUGAGGCCCAAGCAAUCUGGUGAUAUCAGCAAACCACUUCAACAUUCCUUCAUCCAUACUGGUCACGGUUCAGCCUUUGGUGAAUCCUGGGGUAGCCCUUCUUACAUUGAUGAAAUGUAUCUGAAUAAUCCCAUGGAUCCUCCAGAUGUAAUGGGCUUACAAAGGGAAUCGAAACCAUUACCGGAGCUAACGGAUCGGAAAAAAGCAACAAAAAGUAUUAAUGGCUCUCUGCGUAAACCUUCAGAAAAACAAUUUAAUUAUAAGCGAUUAACAAAUCAGGAUAGUUUUAAGCUUAAACCACAAAGACCACCAGAUCCAAAAAUAGACACUAGCAGGGAAGGAGUACUUGUUGAUAUUUCUCCAGAAGACAGACCUGUAUUAAGAGUGAAAGACACAAUUAAUAGUAGACCGGAAUCUAGAGCUGUAUCACUCUUAGAUGAACCCAUAGACGUACCUCAAGAAGAUAACGAAGUGUGGUCAACUGAAACUCAAAGUCAAGAUUUGUGUCCACCUCCAUACAACUCUCCGCCAUCUUACUAUAACACAUCUGCUUUUACCUCUGUUCAAUCAAAUACCUAUACUAUAACUGACCCUUUUGACACUUCCACAGUAUUUCAAUCAGUCCAAAAAGCUCUCUCUCCAGUGUCAUCAACGCCUACAAGUACAUUUAUCAAUAAAGUAACUCAAAAUUUGUUUGAGACAAGUCCAAGUAAAAAUUUUAGCCAAAGCUCAACUUCUAAUAGCAAAGUAGUUCAGAAUCUCUUCGAGUCUAGUCCUAUUAGAAAUCGUAAUCAUAACAAAAGUUAUGUUCAGGGAGAUAUAUCAAACAGAAGUUUGAAUUUUUUCAAAACUGAAAGGGAUCCAAAUGUAUCAAAACAAGUUUCUACUAUUCAGAAAAACUUGGGUACAUUCAUUAACAAGCCUGAAGAUAAUUUAGCAAAUGGUAUUUCUUUACUAAAACUUUCUCCGGACCAAAAAGACGACCCAAAGAAAUUUAUAGCUGAAUUAGAAAAAUGUCUUUUAGAAAAAGAAAAUGAAGUUCCUGUAUUAGAUCCACCAGUGCCAGAUAGAAUGGAAAAAAAGAGCAAUGAAAUUGCUGGCGCUUUUCCGAAAGUACAAAACCAAACGUAUUCUAACUUGGGAGAUUUCUAUGCCAAAACACUCGACAACUUCCAGAAAAACGACACAACUUCCAUUAUUAACAAAAUAUGGUUUGAAUCCACGUGUAACGGUAAUUUAAAACAGAAUAAUAAAAACGUAGAUGCACAAAAGAAAAAAGAAAAUAUCACAGUCAAUGCAGAAUUUGAUCCAUACAGUGCGAUCCGAAGAUAUGAUCCUGUGUAUUCUUCGACUAAUUCCAUUGUUCCUGGAAAUAGUUAUUAUGACUUAACUCCUGAUGUAGCAGGUUCAGUUCAGAAUAUCUAUAACCCACCAGUUCAGACAAUCUAUAACAACUUUACUCCAUCACUCCUUUCUAAUAGUAAUACUAUCUACAACAAUACAAAUAGUUACAAAUCACUGGCUAAUAUCAAUGAUCCAUAUUCAGCAAGCAAUGAAUACAACAGCCAAUCAUCGAGGUAUGGUUAUAGCACUGUAGCAAGUAGUAUUUGUAGUAGACAGUACAGUGAAGUUGGCAGGCAGCACAGUGAAAUAGGUAGACAAUACAGUGAAGUACCACAAGAGAGUUUGUAUCAUGAAAUACCUGAGAAUGUGUAUAAUGAUGCUGAAAAUGAUGAUAUCUUGAAACCUCAUAGACCAGCUCCAACAAAACCUGGUGCUCUACAACCUCUGAGUAUGCAACAGAUCCAGAGGAAGAUUCAGCAAGGACAGUUGUCAGCUGAUGCAGAACGACUGAUGACUCCAGAGUAUAGGAGCAAUAAAAUAAGUCAAGUACGGGAUUGUAUACCAGAUGUAGAUAUAGAUGAGUGUCUGUCAGUGUUACAAGCCAGUGGUUGGGAUGUUGCUUUUGCAGUAAAGACGUUAAAGAUAAAUAAAUUGGUUAAGUUAGGACUAGCAGACAGUUUUCGAUGUGAAACAGCUCUACAGCACACUAAUUGGAAUGUUGAAUUAGCAGCUUCAGCUAUUCUCGACUCCUAGUUGAAAUAAAACUGCAGCAAAAAAGCAGUUUGGAAUUUACAUGUCACUAGUCAUGCCAUAAAUUCGGUUUUGGCAAUAUAUUUUAAAAUAUUGUAUUAUAUAGUAAGCAUAAAUAAUCAUAAAAAAUCUUUUAUGAGUGUUUGAUUUGUUAUAGUCAAGUUAUUAAGAAGAAAUUACAAAUAUUAACCCAAGCUAAAUUAGUUUGAUCAUCGGUAUUAUCAUUAUUUUUUUUGUUUACAAUGUAUUCAUAUUUAUUUCUUAAUUUUAAAUUUUUUUCCAUGUCAUCAAUAAGCUCUAAUAUUUCUAUAAGGCUUUUAUAUUUUAUCCAUAGGAUUUUGAAAAAAUUAGUCACUUCUUUUUUCUAAAUUUCUCACCAUAUCUCCUUUCAAGUUGAUAAUCUAUAUUCAACUAGAUGUUCGGACUAAUAGGUAAUGUUUUAAGAAGUUUGCCCUACUUUCCAUCAAUUAUCUAGUGCCAAGUGCCAACAGAUUAUCUUCUUUGAUGUUGUACCAAAAAUAAUUUAAGGUUGUCUCCAUAUGGUAACCUUCCAUGUCUAAUAUUCCUGAAAUACUUGCACUCAAAUAAGGUGCGAUUGUUUUCCCGAAAAAUUCUACAAUUAAAUGUGUAAUGUUUCAUUCUCUGUUAUUUUGAUUCAAAUCUAUUUUCGAUGAAAACGUAAACAACAUAUCAAUAAACUAAGAAAUUUCAAGCAAAACUUCGCUUUCUACUUGUAUGAAUAACUUUUUGGUUCAACAAAACUAGAAGUUGUGUCCUGAUAGAUUUAAGGACAACAAUUUUUUAUAAAUCUCUUUCUCACAGUCUUGAUUGACUGAAUGGUAUCAAUUGAAAGCAUAAUUUGUUUUUUAAAAAUAUCAAAAAAUACUGAGAUUUGCUGUAUAAAAGAGUAAGUUACCAUAGAUGGUAUGAAAACUGUGAUACUAUUCUCUCUUUUGCUCAUAUCUAAAAUAUAUUCUUCACAUAAAAAGUUUGCCAGAAACCGAAUUUGUGUUAUUAUUAGACCGUUACAUUAUUUACUCAUUAAUUAAGAAUCGUUAAUUAUUACUUGUGCCAAAGGAAAUAUCUAGUUAUAUCUGGUGAGUCAUUUACUUCUCAAAGUUUUUCUAAAAACUUCGUGUUCACAUUCUAUUAAUUAAAUGACCCAUCGAAUAUUUAGCUUUUAUUGCUAAUAAAUUUAGAAUAUGUCACCGAAAUGGGAUUUUAGUUGAUACACACUAUAUGGGACAUUACCAUUAGUCAUUGAACAAUAAUGGCAUACUUAUUUUUGAAUUAAAUAAUCCAUUUUCAAUAUUUCAUAGGAUUUUGGAGUUGUUGUAGGUCUUUUCACUGACACCAUUACAAUGGUAAUUAUAGAAAUACUUGUCAGGUAAGCCUUUUGAAAUGAUUCUCUGGACUUACUCUAACCAUCAUAAAUAAAAGGUAAAUACUUUCUAAGCAAUUGUAAAACAUAAACAAAAUUUUUUGUAUUUCUAAUUUUUUUAAGAAAAUAAUUUAAGUGGCACAGAUUAAUGCUGGGACAGAUUUAGAGUAAAAUUAUGUAUUAUGAGAACAUAUAAGAACUUAUAAUGCAGACGAUGCAAAUACUAUGGUGAGCAGUUAUCUCAGAAUAUUAGUCGGUGCCAUUGAAAAGACUCAUAUAAUCAUCUAAUUAGAAGCGUUUUGAUGUUAAUGGAACCACCUAUAGUUAGUAUCAACAUAACUCCUAUACUAAUAUUAAAAUUUUAGUUUAAUAGAAAAUAUCUUGUAGAAAAGUAUCAGCCAAUUUUCUCAUCUUCAUGAUAUUUUAAACGACUGGUUUUCCUGUCAAAAUGUAUCAACAACAAAGUGGAAUGAUAUUCUAAUCAGUAUUAAUCAAUUUCUAUGUUACUUUCGGGAAAUAUGAAAAAUUAAAUUAAUUAAGAUGGAAGCUUUGUUGUCAUUUACUGAUCAAAUAUUCCGUUCCAAAUUAGGGAUAGGCAAGGUAAAAUAAAACGAUUGUAUUGUCAUUAAAUUGAAAUGUAUUUCAAAUUAUGAAAAUUUUAUGUAAACUCCAUUGGGAUGUCCACCUUUUAACCGCAAACCAUCACUACUAUCAUUGGCUGAUGAUCUCCAUUUUGUUUUUAUUUUCAUUCAAAUCAUGACAUUAAGGCCCCCUUUUGGAACUACCAUAAAUUACUUACGUAGUCUACUUUCUAUAUUUUGAAGCAAAAAUAAAAUUCUCAAUUCUUUAUUGAUCAGUGAUUUGGGUUUAAGGUAAUUUAUGGUGUAUUUAAAUGUCGCUUCCGUUUAGAAACAAUUAUUAUGUUCCUCCUAUUCGUUUAUUUCCUUUUGAACUCUUCUCUAACUAAUAUGAUUUAAUGUUUAUAUUAUUUGAGGCAACAAUUCAAUACUCGUUUUAUUAAAUAGAAUAUUUACAAAAUCUUUUAUUAAAGUACAAAUUCGUAUUUGGGUAUCUCUAAUUAAUAUAAAAUAGAUUAAUCUAAUUGAUAAAUGUUAAAUUCGUUCUAGACAUUUUUAUCAGUCGCAAUUUUAGUUCUAUUUCACUUGAUAUACCUAUAACCUAUACAAAAAGACAUCCAAGAACAUAAUUUUUAAAACUGAAUAGAUGAAUACAUCUGUAAUAAUUUUCAUUUCAAUGUUAUUUUAUUUGUAUUUAUUUUUGUGUAAUAUACAUUUAUGUUAUUUAUUAAAAUCUCAGUCAUUAUACAUGUAUUUUUAAUAUGUUUAGAUUUAAUAGCAUCAGAAUCGUAUUUAAAACACAAGACUACAAUUACAGGAAAUCUAAAGUUUUUUUAAAUGCAAUAAUUCGUGUAUCAUGACUACCUCAUCGAUUUUAGUACUAUUCAUUUUAUUUCCUAUUAUUCACUAUGAGUAAUAUGAAUGAUUAAUCAGAUAUACGCCAAUAUUUAGGUAAGCAUUAUAAACAUUCUUUCUUUCAACUAACAGCUGCACUAUUCAAACGGUUUGGUUGCAUUGUGGAAACCUUGUUGUUGACAAUAACUAUGUAGUACAGUAAUCCCCCUUAUAACAAGGGAAUACUCCCAUAUAACGCGGAAAUGUUCAACAUUAUAUUCUUGUUUAUACUGUGAAACUUAUAAUGAUUUAUACAGUUCAUAAUUAAUUUUGCAAGUGUGUAAUUUGUGUUGUUAAUUAAAUAAAAUUAUUUGACGAAGGAAAUUUUCAGAUCCUUCAUAGAAAAGGCAGACAGUGAAUUUUCAAGUUAACGAAGAUAAGUCGAAGGUCAUGAUCAUUACAACACCAGAAAGGAAAAGAGCAAUGGGAAGUUUGUCAAUAGAAUUGAACGAAAGAAAGGCAAUGAGCUUAGAAUAAGUUCAAAGUCAUGUAUAUCUUGUGGUGAAUAUCAAGGACGACGAUGACGAGGGAGAGUGAACAGUUGGGAGCACAUAAAAUGCUAAAUAAUCUCCAGGAAGGCGAAGCUAUAUCUAUACAAAAUAAUAAGAGCAACAGUGAGCUACUGAGGCGAAUCGUAGAUUCUUAAUAAAGCAGAGGAAGAAAUGUGGGAUAUAUGGGAAAGAAAAAUACUCAGAAGGAUACUAGGAGGUAAAAAAGAAGACAACAUAUAAAUAAUAAAAUUUAUUUGGGGAAGCAUUACUAAACAAAAUAAUGAGAUCCAAACGAAUAGAAUGGCUUGGUCACAUACAAAGAAUGCCAGAUUUUAGAGUAAAAUUAUACUAGGGGUUGUAAGAACGCUUUAUAUGGGAAUACUCCUACAACGUGGAACCAAUCUACCAUGUUAUACACAGAAUUAUUUGAGUAUCCGAAAUUUAGACUCACACAGGUUUAGAAUUAUAUAUAAUGCUGACAUUAGUUUAUGGGGGACAGUUAUUCAUCGGUAUUUUUUAAAAGACCUUUAGUUAUUACAUAGUUUCAUAUUUUUUGAACUGUACGCAAUUUAAAGGUAGUCCUAGAGUUCAAAAAUUACAAUUUUUGUAUGACUUUUCUUAUUUUGUUAAAUCAAAGUAUAAGUAUUGACGAUUUGAUUUAUUCAAUAGAUUUAUACAUGUAAACUAUCACUCCUUGAAAAUGAUCUUUGUUCGAAAUAAAGCCUUAUUCUACCACAUAUUCACCAAUAAAUCUUGGUAUGUUUUAUGGUAAACAAAAAAUUGAAAGUCUUGAUGUUCUGUCUUUUAAAAAUUCUUUUUCACUUUUAUUUACCAUUGUAAUAAAAAAAUAUCUUAAUUUCAUGUAUACUUUAGAACCAGUUCAAUCCAAUGUUGAACUAGAUCUGUAUUAGUUAUGAUAAAACAAAAUAAAUAUUUUUUUUAAA